CCACGGUCCACAUCCCCGUUGCCAUUUCUGGCUUUUACUCAUCUGCCCUCUGCUUUGCCGCCUCUACUCCGUUCACCCGGCUGCGCUUCUCCCUUCCCAUCUCCCUCCUCUCCUCGUCGCUAACCUUCUUCUGAUUCCAAUCCAAUUUGGGGUCUCCUCCUCCCUCCAGGUCGCUACCUGUCGUGUCCUCCGGAGAGAAGACGAACAAAGAAGCAGCAGGGUUGGAAGAAAAAAAACGCGAGAAAGGGUCGCUGAGAAAGAGUGUGGAAGAAAGGGAACACCGAAGGGGAAGAGAGCAUGUGCGAUUUGGUGGCCCGCACCGGUCGACAUCAGCAGCGAUACGAGGCCGGUUGUCGCCUUGUUGCCGGGUGUAUUCCAUUUCGUUAUCGGAACUGUGAUGAUACUUCAGAUGAUAAGCUUGACAAGGAAGUUGAAGUUCUUAUGAUAAACUCACCCAGUGGACCAGGGCUUCUGUUUCCAAAGGGAGGAUGGGAGAAUGAUGAAACAGUUGAAGAGGCAGCCGCAAGGGAGGCUCUUGAAGAAGCAGGAGUGAGAGGAGAUAUAGUGUCAUUUUUGGGGGACUAUUUCUUCAAAAGCAAAACCCUGCAAGAUGAAUUCAGCCCCGAAGGUUUGUGCAAAGCGGCUGUUUUUGCAAUGCAAGUGAAGGAGGAGCUCGAAUCAUGGCCAGAGCAAAGCACCCGCCACAAAUCAUGGGUUACCUUAUCCGAAGCUAUGGAGCAAUGUAGGCAUCCUUGGAUGCGGGUUGCUCUUAGUGACGGUUUCUCAAAAUGGCAUGACGGUAUCCUAAGUAGACCUGAUGCCGAAACCACUCCUAACGACGAAAGUUGAUCCUUUUCUGAAACCUAAACAGCCAUACAAGAGUGCUCACAAGCUCAGCGUAUGUGGUUUGGAGGAAAGAAAGAUUGUGUCUGUUAAUUUACUCCUAAUUUUGAUAUUUCAAGAAUUCUUCUAUAGGUAUUCUUGUGUUCCAUUGCUAAUGUGCUCUGACACUCCUCCAUUGACCAGCAAACUUAAACCUUCACAAGACAGAUGGCAGUUCGCUGAGUUAACUACCUUUCGGAGCAGAGCUGAAAAGGUCAACAGAUUUCAUUUGUUGACUUAGUUUGUCCUUUUCUGAAAACGUAUAUGGACAGCUUUGUGAAUUCGCUUUUGUCGUUUUCUCUCAAUGCCGAAAUUUGCGACUUACCGGUAGAUUCUGUAAUCAUCAUUGCAUAGAUAUGGUAAGUUUUGUUGUAUUGCACUUAUCAGAUUAAGUGGCUUUAAGUCUCCUUUGAUUGUGAUGCUAACGGACUGCUCUGUACCACUUGCCCAUGGAAUCUAAGAACAAAUACAAGC